UGUUUACUUUCAUAUAGUGAAAAUUCUAAUUAGAAACCAAUAAUAUUAUUUAAAUGUGAUUGAAAUAUGUCCAGAAACUAUCCCUAGUGUCUUUUAAAUAGUAAUUUUGGUUGAUUUAAUUCAGAAACAAUGGAUUUUUCGAAAAUUUGUCGAACUUGUAUGCAAGGUGAUCCGUCUCGUUUACUGAACCCAAUAUUUAUGUCUGAAGACACUCAUGACCGGUUUUCAGCUGUUAUUUACUCGUGUAUAGGAGUCCAGAUUAAAUACAACGACGGUCUACCGCAGAACAUGUGCUCAAUAUGCAUGAACCUGUUCAACACUACGCUGAAAUUCAGGAAACAAUGUAAACAAGUCGAGACAGAACUCCUAAAGAUAAUACCUGCAUCUCAAUCUAACGAUGACAAUACCAACGAUGACCAAUACCCUACCACUACAACGGAAGACCACCGUGAUUGUUACCCAUCAGUAUAUAUUGGUUUAAAAGAUGUAAAAUCUGAGUGUGAUAGUCUGAAUGAUGAUGAUGAUGAUGACGAUCAACCAUUAAAAUAUUUCCAAAAUAAUCAGAAAAAUAUCAAAGAAAAUUCAGACGCUGAUAUCUACUGUAUUAACGAUAACGGAAGCGAUUUAAGCAACAAUGUAUCUAGUACUACCGUUAAACGAAAAGAUAUUAAAACAAAACGUUACCCAGAUAACGAUGGUGACCCAGAAUCUACCACUGUAACGGAACCUCCAUAUGUUUUAACGGAGACUUACAAGAAGACAAGAAGGGUUGUGUGUAAGAUUUGUCAGAAGGAAUUGUCUAUUAGGAGUAUAGAUACUCACAUGGUCCGGAGACACCCUGGGGCUGAUGAGAGGAAACUGAGGUGUGAGCUAUGUGACAGAUAUGUGAUGAAGGAUAAACUGAAUAGGCAUCGGUUGUUGACUCAUGGCGCUGUUGGGGAUUUAUGUGGGUACUGUAAAAAAGAGUUUCCAAGUAAAGAGGUGCUGAUCACUCACGUCGUCACCUGCCCCGCUAGGUACAAGAAGAGAAAGAUGAGCGAAAAUGCUCGCAAGAUAGCAGAAUGCGACAUAUGUAAGAUGAAGAUGCAGCGAGCGAGCUUACAGAAACACAAGGCGGUCAAACAUGCUGGACUCCGGCCUGUAUGCGAGCACUGCGGCAAGAGUUUCGGCAACAAGUUCCGUUUGAACGAGCACUACCGCGCGAAGCACGGCUACGAGAAGUUCAAGUGCAGCUACUGCGACUUCCAGAGCGCCGGCAUCUGCGCCAUGCGGGUGAGUACACUACACAUGACACUAGACAGGUCUCGGAUGCAUAUGGAUGAACUGAUGCUACCAUAUUUUCGCAGAUAUGCACCCCUCUUUCUAUUCACCCCAUUUAACGUACUUAUUUUCCUUCCCCAGUGCUCGCUGUGCCCGGCCACGUUCAAGGCGAACAACAAUUUGCACAUGCACAAACUGACGUGCCACAGCAAGGCCUACUACUCGUGCCUAGUCUGUGCACGCUCCUACAAGUGUAAGUACUACGCAGUGAAACAUGUGAGACUCACACAUAGUCUGUAUGAGCCUCCUAACGUUAUUCGGUUGGUGCCGCAGUGAAUAUUUUAACUAGAAAAUAGCGUUUUUCAAGUAAAUAUUUUAAAGCUAAGCUAAGUUAGGAAAUGCCCCAUCUAUGGGUAAAGCUAAGCUAAGUGGGGCAUUUCCUAAGUGCUCCUAACGUUAUUCGGUUGGUGCCACAGUGAAUAUUGUAGCUAGAAUGUAAGUACUACACUGUGAAGCAUGUGCGGCUCACACAUAGUCUGUAUGAGCCUCCUAACGUUAUUCGGUUGGUGCCGCAAUAAAUAUUUUAACUAGAAAGUAGCAAUUUUAAAGUCAAUAUUUUAAAGCUAAGCUAGAUGAGGCUCUGAUCCGGAGCUGCGGACUACCUAGCGGGUUUACCGGGGCUCCGGCUCGAAAAGCAGUAGGAACGGGGUGGUUUUUAGUCAAUAAGAGUCUGACACUCCCCCUCUCGCCUCGCCCAAGAUGAUAUUGCCCCUAAAAAAUAGCUAGAUGAGGCUGAUAUUUCCUAACUGACGACUUUUUGUAAGCCAAUUUCUACAUUUGGGAGCAAAGAAUGAAAGGGUCAAUAGCGUGUCUU